AUGAUGAGAAUCGUCAUUGAGCAGUCCCUCGAGUGGCAGACACCAUUGUACACCGCCUUCGUGGACUUUGACAGCGUGGACAGGGAGGUAAUCUGGAAACUGAUGCAGCACUAUGGCUUUCCCAAAAAAUACAAUGCUAUCAUCCAGCAAUUGUAUGAGGACGCCACCUGCCAAGUUAUACACGAGGGCAUGUUGUCCGACCCCUUCCAGGUACAGAAUGGCGUGCGCCAAAAUUUAUGCCUAUUGUCACCGACAAUUUUUCUGAUGGUGGAAGACUGGAUCAUGCGGCAGGUUACAGCAGGUCAGAAGACCGGGAUCCAGUGGGCAUUCAACAAACAGCUAGAAGACCUCGACCUUGCAGAUGACAUCAGCCUCCUCUCCCAGAGACAACAACAUGAGCAAGAAAAGCUAGAGCGAGUCUCGGAGGAAGCCAUGAAGACCGGCCUCAGAAUCAACAUUGGAAAGACAGAGAUCCUACGUAUUAACAACCAGCAGUAA